AUGACUCUCGCAUUUUCCUCCUCCGCCGCAACCGUUGCCGUUGCUUCUGCAGCCGUAACUUCCUCCGCUAGGGUUCCGUUGACUCCACUCGUCUGUCCGACUCUCCGCGGCUUCGUUUCCUUCGGAUUAACCGCCAAGAAGCUUCCUCUUCGUUCGCAUGGCGGCGCGGUGAGAGCGAUAUCUGAGCUUGUUGAGGACGAGGAAUCUGUCGUCGCAGCUACCUCUUCGUUCCAUGAUGCUGAAGAAACGACGCCGAGUGAGCUCAACCAUUCCCGUACCUUCUUGGAUGCGCGAACUGAACAAGAUCUUAUAUCUGGUAUAAGGAAGGAAAAAGAAGCUGGAACGUUGCCUCCUAAUGUUGCAUCUGGGAUGGAAGAACUUUAUUGGAACUACAAAAAUGCUGUUUUGAGUAGCGGAGCUUCCAGGGCAGAUGAGACUGUUUUAUCAAACAUGUCUCUUGCUUUCGAUCGCAUGCUUCUUGGUGUUGAGCAUCCUUAUACUUUUAAUCCAUAUCAUAAAGCAAUCAGAGAACCAUUUGACUACUUCCACUUUGUCCAUACAUACAUCCGUCCCCUCAUUGAUUUCGAAAAUUCUUACGCUGGAAAUGUUCCUAUUUUCUCUGAGCUGGAAGACAAGAUUCGGCAGGGGCACAAUAUCGUGUUAAUAUCAAAUCAUCAAAGUGAAGCUGAUCCAGCUGUCAUUUCACUGUUACUUGAAGCACAAUGUCCAUACAUAGGAGAGAACAUUAAAUGUGUGGCUGGUGAUCGAGUAAUCACUGAUCCUCUUUGUAAGCCGUUUAGUAUGGGAAGGAAUCUGAUAUGUGUGUACUCGAAAAAUCACAUGAACGAUGAUCCUGAGCUUCUUGAUAUGAAAAGAAAAGCAAACACACGAAGCUUAAAGGAGAUGGCUACACUGCUAAGGUCUGGCUCCCAACUUAUAUGGAUUGCACCAAGCGGUGGAAGAGACCGUCCAAAUCCUUCUACGGGGGAAUGGUUUCCUGCACCCUUUGAUCCUUCUUCGGUGGACAACAUGAGAAGACUGGUUGAACAUUCGGGUACUCCUGGCCAUAUCUAUCCAAUGUCUUUGCUUUGCUAUGACAUCAUGCCCCCUCCGCCCAAAGUUGAGAAAGAAAUUGGAGAGAGAAGAUUAGUUGGGUUUCAUGGUACAGGAGUAUCAGUUGCUCCUGAAAUCAGCUUCUCAGACGUCACGGCAGACUGCAACAACCCUAACGAGGCGAAAGAAGCAUACAGCCAAGCUCUGUACAAGUCGGUGAAUGAACAGUACACGACUCUAAACUCUGCAAUCAAGAAAAGAAGAGGAAUAGAAGCGUCAAUUUCAACGGUCUCCUUGUCACAACCCUGGAAUAAAUCUCUCAGAUACACAAUCAGUGGAACAAAAGUACGAAAAUAUACUUCAAAGCCUCUCCCUGAUGAAAGAAAGAAACAUAAAACCUUAAUAAUACAAAGAUGGGCUGAAGAUUUCAGAGAAAUUGUCAUUGCAGAGUUUAAACACUUUGUAAGUCAGAUAGAGAUUGUGAUGGGAUGCAAAACCAGAAACAAGGGACGUAUGGUGAGGAAGCUUCGAGCACCGCUUGUUCAGGAAAUGGUUGAAGUAAAAGCUCAGAUACUAUAAGAGGUGUUUUUUGUUACGUGCAUAGCUUCUAAGAGCAGUAGUGGUCAAGCUGGGAAUGUCCUAACAGGAACCAUAGUCAAAAGGGGUUGCACUGAGAAACCAUACCCCACUAAGCUCUCUGUAGAAAAAUGUUCCCUUCCAUCAGUGGCAGAUUGAAAGAUCAUCAUCCUGAGGACAAGAUGUGUUUUAAAGGCGGAAGUAUAACUGAUCGACUCCACCAGGUUCUUUGUUGUCUCACGGGAUCAGUCAAGAUCUUUUUCUUUACAAACAACGCUAUUUUAGCCGGUAGGAAACUCAAGUUCCUCCAGAGAAUCUCUUACUGAAUCUACCCGUUCACCAGCAUUUUCAUCUUCAUAUAACUGCUUCCUCCAGCCGUUAUCUCUAUUUCAGUGAUGAUCGACAAUAAUCUUGUUUGUGGGACUUUCUAUUCCGUUUGGGUUUUGGUUCAUAUGAAUCCGUUUGCGAAAGGGUUGAUGUGAAUAAAAGGAAGAACUCUGAC